AUGGACGUCAAGAUGCCCGCUGUUCAUGAGCCAGCCCGGAAGUGGCAGCGGGAGCGCAAGAUGGAGCUGGCCCUCACAGCCACCCUGCUCUCCCUCCUCCUAGGAGCCCUUCAGGGAAGCCCCCCCGCUCUCCCAUCCAACUUCUCCUGGACGAGUGCCACAGGGAUAGACCUGGACUCCGUGUGUGGACGCCCACAAGUGUCAGGCCGCAUCAUGUCAGGGCAGGAUGCCCAGUCCGGUGAGUGGCCGUGGCAGGUCAGCCUGAGGGAGGAUAGAGAGCAUGUGUGUGGGGGCUCCCUGAUUGCCGAGGACUGGGUGCUGACUGCAGCCCACUGCUUCGACCAGAAACAGCCGCUGUCUGCCUACACGGUGCUCCUGGGGUCCAUCUCCUCCUACCCCCAGGUCGAUGAUCCUCAAGAGCUCCGAGAUGUGGCCCAGUUCAUCAUCCACCCGAACUACUUGGAGGAAAACAACAGGGGGGACAUCGCCCUAGUACAGCUGGCCUCACCCGUCACCUUCAGUGACCUCAUCCUUCCGGUCUGUCUCCCCAGCCCUGGAGACCCCCUGGGUCACGGCACGUCGUGCUGGGUCACCGGCUGGGGGAACAUUGGCACAAAUCAACCGCUCCCUCCUCCCUUCACCCUGAAGGAGCUGGAGGUGCCCCUCAUCGAUGCCCAGACCUGUGACGCCUACUACCAUGAGAACUCCGACGUCCCCAGCCAGGAGCCCAUCAUCCUUGAGGACAUGCUGUGUGCCGGCUUCGAGGAAGGCGAGAAGGAUGCCUGCGGGGGUGACUCCGGAGGCCCCCUGGUCUGUCACGUUGGUGGCAUCUGGAUCCAGGCAGGGGUGGUGACCUGGGGGUCCGAGUGCGGCCUCUCCAAGAGGCCAGGUGUUUAUGCCAAUGUCAGCUUCUACGCCCCGUGGAUUGCCAGCACAAUAGGGAGCUCAGCCCCAGAACUCAGAACCUUCUCUCCAGGCCUUGCUGGGAUCUUCUUCUCUGCCCUGCUGUUGCUUCUGGGACCCCUGGGGGGCACCCCCGACUCCCUGGGGCUUGUCUAACCUGGCGGCAAGCCCUGCAGCCUCAGCCCCUACAUUCCAAACUCAUCUCUCUCUCAGCUCCCUGCCAGGAGUGCAGGAGGCGGCUUCUUGCAGGGACCCCUCCCCAAAUCCCCCCUAGUCAGCCUCUCACGUCCCCCAUGGGCCCUAAGUUGCCCUCUCACCCUCCCUGCCGGCCUGGGGACCCCCAGGGACAGAGCCUACUGUUGCCUGCUCCACGCCCACCAUCCAAGGCUGAGUCCCAGGGUGCUCCCACGCUCAGGGAUUCCCGUGGGAGUUUCUGGGCUCUUGGAACU